UUUUUUUUUUUUCAUUUGUGUUUGCGUGACGGAGAACGGGAAACUGGUAGAUAUCGAAUCAAAUUUUUUUAGCGUCGUAGUGGUCGAAUUGCAAGAGAAAAGAUGCAACCAUGGGUGAAAAUGGACAGAAAAGGAAAAACGAUUUAUCAUGCGCUAGCUGCUAUAAUGUCAUAGAGAAAGAUGAUUGCGUUUCGGCUCUUGGGCAAGAAUGGCACAGCGAUUGUUUUAGGUGCUCGGCAUGCGAUAUUCAUCUAUCCAACUGGUAUUUCGAGAAGGAAGGUUUGCUGUUUUGUAAAGACGAUUAUUGGGCUAAAUAUGGCGAAUGCUGCCAACAAUGUGCUCAGAUAAUUUCUGGUCCGGUUAUGGUGGCAGGGGAUCACAAGUUUCAUCCCGAAUGCUUCUGCUGCGAAUCAUGCAAAAUUUAUAUUGGAGACGGAGAAGCUUACGCCCUGGUAGAACGCUCCAAGCUUUUCUGUGGACAGUGUUAUAAACGGCAGACGCAGGAAUCGGUCAAACUGAUCUAUGAGUGCACCGACAGUGGAACAAAAAAUACAUUUGAGGGCAAACAAAAGAAAACCCCACAUUCUAUCCGGUUAGUUGAAAUUCCGUGGUCUAACACCAAAAAGGAUGCCCUUCGGUUAUCGGUGGACGAAAACUUAUAUGGUAUCCCUGCACACUCCAAUACGGGCUGUAAGGGUAUUCGGAUUUCAGAGGUAUUUUGUACAUUUUAUGGGCAGGUUGGCAAAUACAUUUUCUCGUGUGUGUCUUCUGCUCUAGAGGCUUGUUGCGGGGUGCUACAUUGUAGGCUUGAUCUAACGUCUGAUUUGGUAUCACUUCAUAUUGGUGACAAAAUCCUAGAGGUAAAUGGAACUCCAGUGCGCGAUGCACCUCUGGAAAAUGUAGAAAAGCUAAUUCAGAACUCCGGUAAAGUUCUUCAGUUAACGAUCGAGCAUGAUCCGGAGGCUGUCGGUCGUUGCAAACUUAAUCAUAGAUAUAAUGAAGAACCACGCUAUCAACGAACGGCAGAGGACAACAGUCGCGGGGAAAACGUACUAAAGGAUCGAUCUCCUUCGCCGAAUAAGUUUGACAAGGAGAGAAUCUUUAAAAAGAAAGACGAAGGCUACAUAAGUGGAACGUCACGAAAAUUACAUAAACGGUUGAAAGAUGUGAACUGCAAUAAUGCAUCGAAUAGCCUAAAAGAAAAAGAGCGCAGUUCCAGCAUGUCUAAAUUGUUAGAUGAGCACCAUACUCACCACAAUGGAGACUUUUAUGACCUGUCCCGGACGAAGUCAUUCCGCGUUGAACAAAAAGCAGCGCGGAUUUUUCGCGCAUCUGAUCUCGUACAAGGAGAGCUACUUGGCAAAGGGUUUUUCGGACAGGUGUUCAAAGUAACUCAUCGAGUAACUCAGGAAGUAAUGGUGCUAAAGGAACUGUAUCGUGUCGAUGAAGAAGCUCAAAAAAAUUUCCUCAAGGAAGUAGCAGUUUUGCGAUCGCUUUCACAUCACAAUGUUUUAAGAUUUAUCGGUGUGCUGUACAAAGAAAAGAAACUACAUCUGGUAACCGAAUUCAUACCUGGCGGCUCAUUAAAGGAGCUAAUACAUGAUUCCGGUUUGCCCCUGCCUUGGGAGCAGCGAAUAAGUUUCGCCCGUGACAUUUCUUGCGGUAUGAGUUACCUACAUUCCAUGAAUAUUAUACAUCGAGACCUGAAUUCGCUCAACUGCUUGGUAAGAGAAGAUCGCACGGUUAUUGUCGCCGACUUUGGUUUGGCAAGGAUCUUGAAACAACCAAUAAGUACCGCAUUUGAAAAACCCAGUCAGUCAUGUGGUACCAUUGGAAGACGGGGCAGACCACGACGGCAACGAUAUACGGUAGUAGGUAAUCCGUACUGGAUGGCACCAGAAAUGAUGCGUGGUAAUAAGUACGAUGAAAAAGUGGAUAUAUUUUCGUUUGGUAUCAUGCUGUGUGAAAUCAUUGGAAGAGUGCAGGCAGAUCCCGAUUAUCUACCGCGUACCUCAGACUUUGGCCUAAACCAAGUGAUGUUCAAGGAGAAGUUUUGCGGUCAAUGUCCUGAACCGUUCUACAGAAUUGCUUUUCUAUGUUGUGAUCUUAAUCCAGACAAACGGCCACCGUUCGAUUUGCUGGAGAUGUGGUUAGAGUGUAUGGCCCGACAUGCGGCGGCAGCAAAACCUGUUCCAUCGAGAAUUGUCUAUGAAAUCGAGCAUUUCAAGGGCUUUAAAAGCAACGAUUCAAGCAAGUGCACCACCCCUGAUGGCCUCGACACGCCUCCACCGUCAUCAAUCAAGCCUUCGCUUAGUCGUAAACGUAUUAGUGAAGAAACUGUAGAAGAAACGGUGAACUUUGAGAAAGCGAAUCCUCCGAAUGAGGGUGCGGACGAAGUCGAUUGUGGCAAAUUAGUGUCACCGGAUACAACGAAAGACAACCUAGAAAACGAAAACAUUACCAAUAGUAAUACCGUUAGCGUAAGUGGUUUUAUCAUGAAAGGAGCUGAAAUUCCUAAGUCCCCUCAUUUGGGGAAAGAUUUUUCACCUAAUGGGGAUCGGAUUAGAGAUAGUAUUAGAGCAAGACGUCGUCAGCGAAUGAUACUUAGUAGGGAGAGCCAACGGAAAUCGUUAGAUUCAAGUAAUUUGGGGCUGAAAUUUAGUAGCUUAGACGGUGUAGUUAAUCCCGACAGCAGUGUUUCAGAACCAACAAGUUUGAUUCAGGUUGAAAAUAAUACUGUGAAGCAGCCUUUAUCAACUGAUGAUAUUUUGAAUUCGGUUCGAGACACAUUGGAGAAAAAUUCUGAUCUCGCACAACGGAGAGAUGGUUCCCCAAAAACGAAAAGGUAUGGAGAAAAGGGAUACAUUAUUCAUUUGAAUAAUGGAAAUUUGACAUUAAACAAUGUUAAGGAUUUAGAAGGUUGCUCUGAUUUUGAUUCAAGUUGUGAUACGAGCUUAAACUAUAUUGAUUUGAAUGGCAGUGGUAUGAAUGGUAAUUUGGUUCCGAAUGUUGAAAACGAUUGCAAUGUGAAAGUUAACAGUCAAACCGAUAUUUGGUCCUUACCAGCGGACAAAAAGAAAGUGGAGGAAUCUACCGAUCCAUCAUUUGUAUUGCAACCAACAAAUCAAAGUGCACUUGAAGAUAUAAGAACUCGUUUGAGCAUGUGUCUCAAUGAUGUUCCAAAGUACCAAUCAGAGAAAGAAAAUGUUAAAAUCGAAAUUCAACCAAGUAAUAAAGAACCGAAAAGCAGCCGCAUGUUUAGCAAGAUUAAUCCACUUGCUUCGAUUCUCGGCAGUAAAAAUGGGUCCCCAGAGAAAGAACGAUCGAAAAGCCCUGUUAAAACUGACAAAUAUACAUCAAAACUGUUCCGAGUUAGUGACACUCCAAUUUUCGAACGUCGUAAUAUAAAAUCACCGGUUCCUCCACAGUUAAAACGGAGCGAUUCCGAUGACCAAAUUAAGCCGCCCAAAACAGCUAGCUCAGAAAAAUCAAUGUUUGCUUCAAAGCAAAAGGUUUCACCGACUUCCGAACUAAAACCGCAGACUAGUUUUGGUGAGAGUCGUACGCAUCAUCUCUCUUCUUCGAGUAAUAGCUAUGCCAUAAGUAAGCUCAAAGCAUCCAAGAAUAUCUUCUCGGACAAAAACCUUCCUCAAGUAUUUGUUUAUAAAGCCAAAAAGACACCAACUGUAGCGGCUGGAAUCGCUGCAACUGAAGCCAUAUGUACAAGUAACUUUAGCUCUAGUACCACUAGCCGUAAGUCCAAGUCGUUAGCUUUAGCAGAAAAGCCGCCCACAAGCAACAGAAAGCCACCGAUAAGCGGUGGUGUAGCUAACAACGUUAGUUGUAAUAAUAGUUGUAAUAGUUCAGUUAAAUCGCGCCCUGUCAGGGCAACUGAGAACAUGUCCAGAUAUUCGGGAUAUUCGCAGCAAUCAAUUGGCCUGGACAAGCCAAUCGAAAGAUAUUUUGCCUUAGCAUCUUCUUUUAGCAGUGGUAGUAAUUCUCGGACUGAUUCUCCUUCUCCGACCUGUGGUGAUACUGCAGGUAGAAUGAGACCGACAAAUAGAACGGCUAUACUUUCACCGGAAAGUAUCCGUAGACUUAAUGCACGCUUGAUGGAGUCUCGCAAAGUAACAAAUGAGGGUAUGGUAGGGGGCACUGGUUGUGGUGGUAGUAGCUUAACGGUAAAGAAUAAUAGAAACAGUGGUUGUAUACCGUCUGUUAAAACUGGCCAGACAGUAAAAGCAAAUGUUGGAGAGACUGUAAAUAAAAAUCGUUCAGUGGUAAAAGCGAAACGAGUUGAUGUUAAAACGGCUGCCAUUUAAGAACUCUUCAUGGCGUUCAAAUUGUGGUACGUGCAAUACAGAUUGUCGCAGCAUCUUGCAAUAGAAUUGAUGGAAUGCUUUUAAGUCUAUUUUAAAGACAUGCCUUUUUACGCAAUUGGAGGCUAGAUCUCGAUUCUAUUUUAUUUUUUGAACUAACAUAUUAAGAAAUAGAUUUUGCCAUUAAUUUGGUACAAAGAUGCUUUUGCAUUUGUAUUUGUAAAGUUUAUUUUUACCUAAGUCGAUCGGGUUUUUCGAUAACUUUCUUGCUUCAAUCCAUCGUUUCGUACGGAUGCUGCAUACGGCCGCUAACAAGAAUGAUCGUGGUAGUUUGCAUAGCAAAUGGUUUCUUGAUUUAUAUGAAUGUCAAAACCAAUAUUAUCUUGGCGCUACCCCGCAAUUUCCUUACGCGGUGGUAAUGUACGUAUUACUUUUUGCAUAUCAGUUUAAUUUCUCACAUGUAUUCAUGAAUAUGCAUGCUACAAUGUAAUUAAAUUAUAUUUUAGAAAUAUCUAUUUAUCUAUCUCUUUUGGAGGCAUAUAAUUUCUAAAAGUAAUUUUAGGAUGCUGUGACAACUAUUUGGUAAAAAAUGAUUAUAAGUUUUAGUAUCGUUGCUCAACUACUGAACAAAUUGCUGUGAACUUUAUACACGAAUGUUUUAACUAGUAAAGAUACCAGUAUUUACGAAUAUCUCGUUAAAUGAGAGUAUAUUCUUUUCCACAUCUGCUUCACAAUCAAAUGCAUGUUUUUUUUUUCAAAUUGAAAUAGAUUACCAGUUGUCAUUGAACGGCGAAUGUCUUGUAACAAAUAAAAUGAAAUGUUGUAACAUUGUCUUCAAAUUUUCCCUCAGCUGUUGUUUUUCUGAGCUCGAGCAGCAUAAAUGUGGUGUAAAAGUUACAGGAAUCGGUUAAUAAAGAACAGCCUUCUACAAAUAAAUAUGUUACUUCAUCUAUGUCACCGGUUGAAAGGUGCCUUAUAUCUUGUUAGGUGUGUUUACGCUCUACCAUAAUGACUCAAUUCGAUUGAUGUUGAAAUGAAAGUUGUACCACAGGGCUUUUGAGGUGAUGCCAGAAAAAACCCUCGGCAUGUUUCUCGUUCCUGCGAUUGAGAGUGCCAACUUUACCCAAAAUUGUUGGCUAAGAAUUGGUCAACAUUGUGUUACUUUAUAUAUAACUUACUUUGAUGUAUUGAGUAAACCAAAAUGUGUACAAUGAAAUUACAGUCCAUAGUUUUUGAAGUACCUAAUUCUAUAGCCUCUCAGCUGGUCUGGUACGAUGCUGGUCUAACAAACCAGUCAUAUGUUCGAACCCCGGAUUGGAAGAUACUGUUAGUGUUAGUAGGAUCAUAAGCGCAAUUAUCCUGUAAACUAACACUAAUAAAGCCUGUGUCAAAUAAAUAGAACUGCAAGAGCUACCUUAGCGCUCAUUUGGGAUAAAAAGAACUAUUUUUAAAAUCCAGUAUUUUGCAUUGAAUUGAAAUUGGUUUAUGUUCAAGACAGCCAUAAGGUGUGAAAUGUAGAUUAUUUUACACUUUUUCAAAUUCGGUACUCGCCUCGCGUAUAAAAAAGAGUAGAUGUAAUCGAUACAUUAAAAAAAUAGAGUCAAAUGUGACUGCCGAAGUUUUCUAGUGUUGCUAAAUACCUUCUGACUAAUUAAGUUGGGUGUCCAUUUUGUUCGAAGAAUUGCGCUCGAAUUACGUUGAAAUAAUGCUGGUAAUUAUUUAUCUUUUCGGUGUGCGUCAGUAAAAUAUCUUAUUGGCAGUCAAGUUUAAGAAUCCUGGUAAUUGUACAAUUUAUUCAUGUUUCUUGUACUCCUACUGUAAUGUACUGUAAAUGAAAUACACGAAGAUUAGAUGUAUAAUGACUAUUAAUGUGUUUAAUGCAGCUAGGAACGCUAAACCGACUCAAAUCUAGUUGAUUUAAUUUUUACUUUUAAUGUCAUCGCAUCGUAUUGAAGUGGUGUACUGUAACUGUUCUGUACGUUAUUAGGUAGCAAUAAAUGCUAGUAAUUUAUGAUACAACAAACCCAACACUUGUUAACUUGUGUGUAUGUCGUUACCUUUUGACAUACCAAAUAUAGCUUGGCACAGCUAUAAGAAAAACUAAACGAGCCAACACCAUGCUAAUACCCGUUAUUAUCACAUGAAUCAAGUGUGUAUGUUAUAUUGGGCGCACAUAUUCCUUUAAAUGCCACUAUUGAUUAUCCGCACCUUUUCUCCAACCCUUUCGAGCUUAUUAUUACAACAACUACUACUACGACUUGUUGCUACUACUAUAUACCUUGAACAGUGUUAUGUAAAUUGCCUCGAAUAAGACACAUUGUAGCAAAAUAGUUAUUAUCCUGUACGCAAGACUUAGCCAUAAGAUUAUUCAAUUCCAAACUUUGGUUGUACUAAAUAAUUUUAAUGUACCUACAUGAAUUUAUUUGUCAAUUUACUGAUGUAGACAAGUUACUAACCUGACUGUGAUAUAGUACAGAAGUGUAAUGUUUUAAAACAGUAUACAAUAUUAACUGAUGUGUAAUGCAGAAUCGUGCGUAAGUUGACUCGAAAUAAAAAUUAAGACAAGAAGCUAUUUUUGCGGAAGUUCGACAUGCCAGACAUGGUACCAAAAGCCAAGGCAGAAAAGCACGGUAGCGACAAAUUUUGGGUUAUGGUUGAACGCAUAUAAAUGCGUUUUAUUUCUGUAUCUGCUGCAAUCGUUCGAGCGGAAACCAACAACCAACUCGUAAUAUCCUCGUGCGUGUUGCGAGUAAGAGAUAAAAAAGAACGUAUAAUAGCACAUUCCAACACGCGGAUUAUAUUACAGCAAUCAAACUGUAUGUAUUUGUAAUUAAUGCUGUAGAUAGGAAACCUUGUAUUGUGUUAAUUGAAUUGAAAACGUAACUGUAACUGCAAAUUUAAGUACGAAAUGCAGAAAAACGCUGUUGGUACCGCGAAAAGCCAUAAACCAUGUUUUUUUUUGCAAAACAAGUGCAUCAGAAAUUGGGACAAGCGGAUGUAUACACAUUUUUAAAACAUGAUUUUUUUCAACGAGGAACCGGAUGGAAGGAGAUUGUAUUUUUUCCGCUACUGUUGGAUUUUGGUUACGAUGAGAGCGUCAUUUUAUGUUAUCGGUCAAUAAAUCAUGGAUAAAACAAAAUAGACAGGAAGAUAAAUAUUUUCUGUAUGGUAGAUAUAACAUUCCGCGGAAAACGUGACAAAAAGAAUGCAAUUUGAUUGUGUUAAGCAAUAAUUAUUUACACGAUUUUGACUAAUGUAACGUUUCUAGUUUCGUCGCUUAAUUUAUUGCCAACUUUUCGGGCUCUAUAGAAAUUAAUUUCGAUUAUUUUGUAGAAUUUUUUUUUUCUGAAAUAAAAACUCCUUACUAUUUAUA